ACACUUUUUCCAUUUCCUCGACAAACUCCUUUUUUUUUUCUCUUUCAAGAAAAACAAAAAUCCUCUGUUUCGGUUUAAGAGAUGGAGAUAGAAGCAAGCAGACAGCAAACCACCGUACCGGUUUCAGUCGGCGGAGGGAAUUUUCCGGUUGGUGGGUUAAGUCCGUUGAGUGAAGCUAUAUGGAGAGAGAAAGCUCCAACGGAGUUCGUGGGAGACGUGUCAGCGAGGCUCACGUGGCAAGAUCUGACGGUGAUGGUCACUAUGGGAGAUGGUGAGACACAAAAUGUUCUUGAAGGUCUUACCGGUUACGCUGAACCGGGAUCUCUCACGGCUCUCAUGGGCCCUUCCGGCUCCGGAAAAUCAACUAUGCUCGACGCUCUCGCUAGCCGCCUCGCCGCUAACGCUUUUCUCUCCGGCACCGUUCUUCUUAACGGCCGCAAAACCAAACUCUCCUUUGGAACAGCUGCAUAUGUGACACAAGACGAUAACUUGAUUGGGACGUUAACUGUGAGAGAGACGAUUUGGUAUUCAGCGAGAGUUCGUCUUCCGGACAAGAUGUUACGGUCGGAGAAGCGUGCUCUUGUGGAGAGGACAAUAAUAGAGAUGGGUCUUCAGGAUUGUGCAGAUACUGUUAUAGGAAAUUGGCAUUUGCGUGGAAUUAGUGGUGGAGAGAAGAGAAGAGUCAGUAUUGCUCUUGAGAUUCUAAUGAGACCUCGUUUACUGUUUCUCGAUGAGCCAACAAGUGGUCUCGAUAGUGCUUCUGCUUUCUUUGUGACUCAGACAUUGCGUGCGCUAUCACGAGAUGGAAGGACGGUGAUUGCAUCGAUCCAUCAACCGAGUAGUGAGGUUUUCGAGUUGUUUGAUCGGUUGUAUCUGCUUUCUGGAGGCAAAACUGUUUACUUUGGUCAAGCUUCAGAUGCAUAUGAGUUCUUUGCACAAGCUGGGUUUCCAUGUCCUGCGUUAAGGAACCCUUCUGAUCAUUUCCUGAGAUGCAUAAACUCAGACUUUGACAAAGUUAGAGCCACUUUGAAAGGUUCUAUGAAGCUAAGGUUUGAAGCAAGCGAUGAUCCGUUGGAGAAGAUUACCACAGCUGAAGCUAUUAGAGUCUUGGUUGACUAUUACCACACUUCUGAUUAUUACUACACAGCAAAGGCUAAGGUUGAGGAGAUAUCCCAAUUUAAAGGGACUAUUCUUGACUCUGGAGGCAGCCAGGCUAGUUUCCUUCUGCAGACCUACACUUUAACAAAGCGAUCCUUCAUCAACAUGUCAAGGGACUUUGGAUAUUACUGGCUCAGACUGUUAAUUUACAUCUUGGUCACAGUCUGCAUCGGAACCAUCUAUCUGAACGUUGGGACUAGCUACAGCGCCAUUCUGGCACGAGGCUCAUGUGCGUCUUUCGUCUUUGGCUUUGUAACAUUCAUGUCAAUUGGUGGAUUUCCUUCUUUUGUUGAAGACAUGAAGGUCUUCCAAAGAGAGAGACUAAACGGGCACUAUGGAGUAGCUGCGUUUGUGAUAGCCAACACUUUAUCUGCAACGCCAUUCCUUAUCAUGAUAACUUUUAUCUCCGGGACAAUCUGUUACUUCAUGGUGGGUCUGCAUCCAGGAUUCACUCACUACCUCUUCUUUGUUCUCUGCCUCUAUGCAAGUGUCACCGUUGUAGAGAGCUUAAUGAUGGCGAUAGCUAGUAUUGUUCCCAACUUCCUCAUGGGUAUCAUCAUCGGAGCUGGAAUCCAGGGGAUCUUCAUGCUGGUUUCUGGAUUCUUCAGGCUUCCAAAUGACAUCCCAAAACCUUUCUGGCGUUAUCCAAUGUCAUACAUCAGCUUCCACUUCUGGGCUCUACAAGGUCAGUACCAGAAUGAUCUGAGAGGCUUGAUGUUUGACAGUCAGGGGAGUGCUUUCAAGAUUCCCGGUGAAUAUGUUCUGGAGAACGUCUUCCAGAUCGACUUGCACCGAUCAAAAUGGAUUAACCUCAGUGUGAUUCUUAGCAUGAUUAUCAUCUACCGCAUCAUCUUCUUCAUCAUGAUUAAGACCAACGAGGAUGUUACUCCUUGGGUCAGAGGUUACAUAGCACGCAGAAGGAUGAAGCAGAAGAAUGGAACUCAGAACACCACAGUUGCACCAGACGGUCUUACCCAGUCUCCUUCUCUGAGAAAUUACAUUGCUACACGAACAGACGGAGCUCGCAGAUGGUAGAGUUUGAGCUUGUCCAGUGUUUGAAGACACUUCAAGAAAGUUGAUUAAAGCAAAGCCACCAUAUUUCACUAGGCCUGCAAUAUCAAAUCUCCAUGUAAUGUGACAGCUGAGAAACUUCAAGUGUGUUAGUUAUAGAAAUAUUAAAACCACGGAUUUGUCUAAAAUAAUCACUACUACAUUUAUUUUUCUACUUUGAUAGUAACAAGCACUAUCUUGUUGCAUUACAGUUUGCAUUGUGCCGCAAUUACAGCAGAUAGAUUAAGUUGUGAAUUGUUACAAGCUUUGUUUGUACAUGUUGAAAUGAAAAAUUGAGUUCUGA